AUGUCCCAAUCCAAGCGAUAUACCGAGAACUUUCCAAAACUUUGGCAAGCUGCCACGGAUGACAGUGAUCUUACACUUUAUGGAUUUCGCCGGUUCAAGACGUCGCAUCUCCUCAACCUCCGGUUCCUGGAGGAGGAGAUUGCCGAAAUCGACCAUAAGCUCUACCAGGCCGGCCUUGGUCUUGGCAUCGAUCAUCCCCUCGCCGAUAGGCUUGGUUUGAAAGAUAGCAAGAAAGAUGCAAAAGUGCCUCGGGUUGAAGAUACCAUCACGGAGGACUUGGUCCUAAGGCUCCGCACUUUAUGCGAGCAGUAUGAUAAUGCUCUCAUUGCCUUGAACAAAAUCAUGGACAUGGAGGUCUUCUCUCUGCUCGAUGACGAAAAGCAAUGCAGCACGCGGACCGACCUGACUUUGUCUGAAAUGUACAAAACAAGACUCCUCAGAGUGGACCUCAUGUCUCGAGCUCGCACCGACCCUCUGCAAGACUGGAUUCAUAGAGGACUGCGAAAUUUACACUACUGGAGAAUCUCGUCUAGGGAAAAGAAUAGGAAAUCGGCAUCAUUUGGUGCAGGCCGGGCUCAUCGUUGGUCGUAUGAGGACUUGGUGUAUUCGGCGAACAUCAUGAGCCGCUUGAUAUUGACUUUACUGACGAGUACCUUUCUGAUUGUCCCCCUUGGCGUCAUGUCCGAAAGCUCAAGCAUGGCGCAGCUGUUUAUUAUCGGAUUCAGUAUAGUCGCUUUUUCUGUCUUGGUGGCCACGGCUCUAAAGGUCUCGAGUUUUGAGAUGAUGGCAAUGUGUGCUGGGUAUGCGGCUGUCAUUUCGGCAUUCAUGGCAAAUAGCUGA